AUGUGUCUACAAGGACAUGCUGCUUCUGUUUACCUAAGAAACAGGAAUACAAUUGUUCUCAAGUCACUUUUACUUUUUAUCUCUUUUUAUCAGCAUAUCAGCGCACAAGCAUGCUCUAAUGUCUCUUACCUUAAAAAAAAAUACACCCUUAAUUCUUACAACUAUCUGUUGAUUUCUCUCUUCCUUUUCACCGAAAUAUUUCUGAAAGAAUUGUGCAUCCACAAACUAUCUCCACUUCCUAACUUGCCAUUUGCUCUUCAGACUUCUCCAUCUGGCUUCUGUCCCCACUGCUCUACCAAAAGUGCUCUCUCCAAGGUACCCAGUAACCUGCAUGUCACCCAUCCCAGGGAGCAUUUCCGAGUCCUCAUCUUACUCCUCAGAGGAUCUUCUGAGAAUCCCUCGAUUGCACAUGGAAGAAAACCCAACUCAACUUGUGGCAAAGCAAACAGAUUGCAUUUCCAGCCAGCAAAUAGAAAUCCUGCAUUGUUCAGUUGCACCCAAUUCUUUCUACAGAGAGCAAAUGUAAAGGAAAAAAGGAUACCAACAGCCCAAGACCCAUGGCAGGACAGCGGGACUAUGGAACAUUGGCUGAAGCACAAUAAAGGUAACACACAACUACUUAUCAAGAGGAACUGGUUGUUUUUUUUCACCCAUUUUGUUAAGCUACUGGUCUGUGCAGAUGCUGCUAGGGAGGAAAGGGGUUGGGAAUGUAGAAGAGAGACAUUGGAUCCAUGCCUAAAAAGAAUAGGUAAAAAUGCUUUUAGUAUAUUUGAUAUCCACAAUAAUAUCUCUGAACAGGUAAUCAAUAUAAAAAUUAAUAACGUAGUUUAUAUUUUUUUUGUAUUGUAUCUUCAAAAUCCAGAUGUAUUCCUGCAUAUACAUCAGGUCUACUUGGUCAGAAUCCUGGGACUAAAGGCCAGGAAUCUGCAUUUUUAAUAAGCUUUCCCCGUAAUUCUUAUGAUCAGGCACAUUUAAGAAUCACCAUGAUAACACGUAAAUUUAUUAGUCCUUUACUUACUACCUCUGGGACUAUGAGUCUUCCCAUUUUGGUGAAUAUUAUGAAGCUAUAUACUAUUUAAUUUAUAGUAUGGGUUAUCUUUACUGAUUCUACAUCUUUAGCAUAAUUUGUGCCACAUUACUUUAUAAUUAGCUUAUU